AUGCUGAGCGGAGCGGCUGGGGCUGCGCGGCGUGGCGGAGCAGCGCUUGCUCCCUCGCUCACUCGCUUGCUCGCAGGGACACACGCAGGGGCUGACAGCUGUGCGGGUGCUGAUAAGGGAAGCCACAAGGAGACGAUCGAGGAGAGAGACAAGCGGCAGCAGAGGCAGCAGCGGCAGAGGCAGCGCCGGGGCUGCGGAGCUGCUGGGAGUGGGAGUGACGCCCCCACCUCAGGCCCCCACCCUGUCCUCAUCCUCCUCCUGGUUGCCCUGAGUUUAGAAGAGCAGCCGCUGCCACCACCACCACUCCGGAGGGCACCAGGGCUGCUGUCCAGGGAGGGACAGGGCAGUGAGGCUCUGGCCAGUCCCAGCAGCCGGGGACAGAUGCCGAUCGAGAUUGUGUGCAAAAUCAAAUUUGCUGAGGAGGAUGCAAAACCCAAGGAGAAGGAGGCAGGGGAUGAGCAGAGCCUCCUGGGGGCUGCUCAGGGGCCAGCAGCCCCUCGGGACCUGGCCACCUUUGCCAGCACCAGCACUCUGCAUGGGCUGGGCCGGGCCUGUGGCCCUGGCCCCCAUGGACUGCGCAGAACCCUGUGGGCACUGGCCCUACUCACCUCACUGGCUGCCUUCCUGUACCAGGCAGCCAGCCUGGCCAGGGGCUACCUGACCUGGCCUCACCUGGUAGCCAUGGACCCUGCUGUCCCAGCCCCAGUGGCGGGCUUUCCGGCUGUCACCCUCUGCAACAUCAACCGCUUCCGGCAUUCGGCACUCAGCGAUGCUGAUAUCUUCCACCUGGCCAAUCUAACAGGGCUGCCCCCCAAAGACCGGGAUGGGCACCGUGCAGCUGGCCUUCGCUACCCAGAGCCUGACAUGGUAGACAUCCUCAACCGCACUGGCCACCAGCUGGCUGACAUGCUCAAGAGCUGCAACUUCAGUGGGCACCACUGCUCCGCCAGCAACUUCUCUGUGGUCUAUACUCGCUAUGGGAAGUGUUACACCUUCAAUGCAGAUCCUCAGAGCUCACUGCCCAGUAGGGCAGGCGGCAUGGGUAGUGGCCUGGAGAUCAUGCUAGACAUUCAGCAGGAGGAAUACCUCCCCAUAUGGAGGGAGACAAAUGAGACGUCGUUCGAGGCCGGCAUCCGGGUGCAGAUCCACAGCCAGGAGGAACCUCCCUACAUCCACCAGCUGGGGUUCGGUGUGUCCCCAGGUUUCCAGACUUUUGUGUCCUGCCAGGAACAGCGGCUAACUUAUCUGCCCCAGCCUUGGGGCAACUGCCGGGCGGAAAGCGAGCUCAGGGAGCCUGAGCUUCAGGGCUACUCAGCCUAUAGUGUGUCUGCCUGCCGACUGCGCUGUGAGAAGGAGGCCGUGCUUCAGCGCUGCCACUGCCGGAUGGUGCACAUGCCAGGCAACGAGACCAUCUGCCCACCAAAUAUCUACAUUGAAUGUGCUGACCACACACUGGACUCCCUGGGUGGGGGCUCUGAGGGCCCAUGCUUCUGCCCUACACCCUGCAACCUGACUCGUUACGGCAAAGAGAUCUCCAUGGUCAAGAUCCCCAACAGGGGCUCAGCCAGGUACCUGGCGAGGAAGUACAACCGCAAUGAGACCUACAUAAGGGAGAACUUCUUGGUCCUGGAUGUCUUUUUUGAGGCCCUAACUUCUGAAGCCAUGGAACAACGAGCCGCCUAUGGCCUGUCAGCCCUGCUGGGGGACCUUGGGGGACAGAUGGGGCUGUUCAUUGGGGCUAGCAUCCUCACCUUGCUGGAGAUUCUUGACUACAUCUAUGAGGUCUCCUGGGAUCGACUCAAGAGGGUGUGGCGACGGCCCAAGACCCCACUGCGGACAUCUACUGGGGGCAUCUCCACUUUGGGGCUGCAGGAGCUGAAGGAACAGAGUCCCUGUCCAAGCCGGGGCCGUGCUGAGGGUGGGGGGGCUAGCAGCCUGCUUCCCAACCAUCACCACCCCCACGGCCCCCCAGGAAGCCUUUUUGAAGACUUUGCUUGCUAG